AUGGAUUGGAUGGAUCCUAUUUCUGUGUUGUUGGUAUUUGCCCUUACACUUGCAUUCGUUUGGAAAAGGAGUGAUUUCUGGAAAAGCAGUGGCAAAAAUUUCCCACCAGGGCCACACCCAUUACCACUCAUUGGAAACCUCCACCUCAUGGAUCUGAAGAGGCCUUACAGAACCAUGAUGAAGUUAUCAAAGCAGUACGGCCCCAUCUUCAGCAUCCAAAUGGGAGUCCAGAAAAUGGUCGUUCUGUCGGGCUACAAGACUGUAAAGGAGGCUUUGGUGAACCAGGCAGAUGCUUUUGCGGGCAGGCCCCUUAUCCCAAUAUUUGAAGACUUCCUACAAGGCUACUCCUUUGGGUAUGGGUAGCGAAGGGCAGAGUCAGAGGUCAUUUCGGAAUGUUUUCAUUGCAAUAUUUAUUCUCUAGGGAAACCAUUUGAGAUGACUACAAUCAUGAAUGCGGCUGUUGCCAAUAUUAUAGUGUCCAUUUUACUCGGCAAGCGAUAUGAAUACGAAGACCCCACGUUUGUAAGAUUACUGAACUUGGUCAAUGAAAACGUCCGGCUUGUGGGAAGUCCCUCAGUCGCGCUGUACAACAUGUUUCCUGCUCUGGGCUUUCUUUCUGGUGGUCGCAAGACUGUCCUUAAGAACAGGGAUGAACUGUACGCCUUCAUACAGGCCACCUUCAUAGAACACCUGAAAGAACUGGACGUGAACGACCAGAGGAGCUUUAUUGAUGCUUUUCUAAUCCAACAGCAAGAGAACAAGAACCAGAGCAAUGGAUUUUUCCAUAAUGAUAACCUAAAAGCUGUUGUGGGGAACUUAUUUGGCGCUGGCAUGGAGACCACUUCAACUACCUUGCAUUGGAGCCUGUUGCUGAUGAUGAAGUACCCUGAAAUUCAGAAGCAAGUACAAGAAGAAAUAACAAAGGUAAUCGGGUCUGCUCAGCCACGGAUUGAGCACCGAGCAAAACUGCCCUACACAGAUGCGGUGGUUCACGAAGUUCAGAGGUUCGCUAAUAUUAUCCCUAACAACCUGCCACAUGCCACCACUGCAGAUGUCACUCUUGGAGACUACUUCAUUCCAAAGGGAACAUAUAUCGCUCCAUUACUGUACUCUGUGCUGUACGAUGAAUCUGAGUGGGAGAAACCACUUAAAUUCUAUCCGGAGCACUUCCUUGAUUCUGAAGGAAAGUUUGUCAAGAGAGACGCCUUCCUGCCUUUCUCUGCAGGUCGGCGAGUGUGUGCUGGUGAGACCCUGGCCAGAAUGGAGCUCUUCCUCUUCUUCGCGACUCUUCUGCAAAGAUUCACUUUCCAGCCAGCCCCCGGGAAGUCUAAAGAAGACCUGGACCUGACCCCUGCAGCUGGGAUAAUAACGCAUCCGAUACCCUUCAAUUUCUGUGCUUUGCCACGUUCUUAA